CAGAGAACCUCAGUCAGCUUUAAACUCUCUGAAACAGGAUUCAAGACGUAAGAAAACAUUCAGCUGCUCUGAGUGUGGGAGGAGAUUUGGCUUCAAGUACAGUCUGAAGACACACAUGAGAACUCACACAGGAGAGAAACCUUUCAGCUGCUCUGUUUGUAAGAAAUCAUUUACACAGAGAGGAGAUUUACAGAAACAUAUGAGAAUCCACACAGGAGAAAAACCUUUUAGCUGCUCUGAGUGUGGUAAAGGAUUUGGCCGCAAAGAACAUCUGAAGACACACAUGAUGAAUCACAGAGGAGAGAGACCUUUUAAUUGCUCAGUUUGUGAGGAAUCUUUUACCCGGGGUGAACGUUUAAAGAUACACAUGAGAAUCCACACAGGAGAGAAGCCUUUCAACUGCUCCGAGUGUGACAAAAGGUUUAGAAAAAGCCAAGAUCUGAAGAGACACAUUAAGUCUCACACAGAAGCAAAAGCUUUCAGCUGCUCCGAGUGCGGGAAGAGAUUUACCCAAAACUCAAAUCUGAAAACACACAUGAGAAUCCACGCGGGAGACAAACGAUUCAGCUGUUCCCUUUGUGGGAAAAGAUUUAUACAGAAGGGACAAUUGGCGUACCACAUGAAACAUCACACAGGGGAGACGCCUUUUACUUCCUGUGUCAGUGACGCAACAACGCAGCCGGAGGCGCCAAGCAUUAAAGAGGAACAGGAGGAACUGUGCACCAAUCAGGAGGGAGACCCGGACACUGAUAACAGUGCUGAUUGGAAGGAGACAAAAGACUCCCAGUCAGCUUUAAACUCUCUGAAACAUGUUGAGCGUAAUACGGACAAAUCAUCUCGUUCCGUCAGUCGCUGCUCUGAGUGCGGGAAACAAUUUAGACAGAAAUCUAAUCUGAAGAAUCACAUGAGAAUCCACAAGGGGGACAAGCCUUUCAGCUGCUCCGUUUGUGGUAAAAGAUUUAUACAGAACGCGCACAUGACAUACCACAUGACACGGCACACGGGAGAGAAAAUGUUCUGCUGCGGCGUUUGUGACAAACGAUUUAUUUGGCCGUAUCAGCUCAGGAAACAUAAAUGUGUUGGUCGGACGGAAACGGAAGCAGCCAGGAACUCCCAUCCAGCGACGAUCUCACAACCAGAGACUGGAGAUAAAGCCGGACGGUCUAUCGUAGCGGAGAUCGAAGUCAGUUGUGACGACUGGGAGGAGACCGGAGAGCCUGAUUGGACGUGCAACGCUGCUGAGAAACAGUUCAGCUGCUCCGAGUGCGGGAAAAGAUUUAACCGCAAGACUCACCUGAAGAGACAUGCGAUGACUCACACGGGAGAGAGACCGUUUAGCUGCUCGGUGUGUCGGAGGUCUUUCACGGAGAGCGGGAACUUACACAAACACAUGGCCGUGCACACGGGAGAGAAACGCUUCAGCUGUGGGUUUUGCAAGCGAAGAUUCACCUGGCACUCUCAGCUCCAAACUCACGAGUGUGAUCGUCCUCAGUCGGCACGGCAGCGCCGCCAGAGACGAACCAAACCGAGACGAGCUGAUGGAGAGGACCGCGGUCCAUCCAAACCCGCCAGGAGACGACUUCUGUUGCCCCGCCCGAGCGCCGAUGACCUGGUAGCAACCAGUCCGCCAAACCACACGACGAUAACGUUUGUUUGUUCCCCCCCUCUAAUCCAAGCCACAGGAGCGUUUCAUAUGUUAGCGCCCUAGCGGUGGCAGGAGAUACGUCCUCGAAUCUAAACCAGAGAAGGUAACUGUCGAGGUUUUAAACCUGUUCACUCAGCUAAAAAAAACGGAUUCUUAAAAUAGAUCUUUAUAGAAAAAAGGUCCAAGGCACUCAGCAAGCUGCCCAGUUCUAUUUGCUUUUUAAUGUACUAAGAUUUCGACAUGAAAUAACCGUUUAAGUAUUUUUCCAUUUUAAAUAAAGGCUUUUUUCUUUUGUAAAUUUGCAAGAAGAGUGCCUUUGGCCAUGCGCACAUCGCGAUGUAGACGAUGAAACACAAUAUUGUGCAGCCCUAGUAUACAAGUUAAAAUAUAAGAUAUAUGAAUAAAAUAUAAGUGACUUCCGUGAAUACAACUAAGGGGGUUUUCCGUCUAGGUUUAGCUCCUCGCCUCGGUACUGUGUUCUAAGGCCUGCUGCACACUGGCUGCGUGGCGUGAGCGGCCUUGUCUGUACACAUGGAUGUUUUCCAUAAACAUAAAUAUAUACUGAUCUGAUUACGUCAGUUCAGUAUAUAUAGGCUUUAUUUACAGUAAAAUAGGCUACAGAAUUUCCUUCUGGAUUAAC